ACCAAGACGACAUCACCCCCGCCGCACCAGCAGGAAGCUCAGCCAUCUCAUAGCGACAGCGAGCACCGCGCAUGGCGUCCACCAACAACACCGCCCCCUCCGGCGUGGACUCUGCCGACGAGGUCCUCCACGAAUUCGGCAUCGUCCGGGUCUACAAGAGCGGCCGCGUCGAGCGGCCCCUCGUAGCCCCGCCCGUUGCGCCGGGCCUCGACGGCGCCACCGGCGUCGAGUCCAGGGACGUCCAUCUCGGCGCCUACUCCGUCCGCCUCUACCUGCCUCCGGCCGCGGCGGCCACCGCCCCCAGCGCCAGGCUCCCGGUCCUCGUGUACGUCCACGGCGGCGGCUUCGUGGCGGAGUCCGCCGCGUCCCCGGGCUGCCACCGCUUCCUGAACAGGCUCACGGCUGCCUGCCCGGCCCUCGGCGUCUCCGUCGAGUACCGCCUCGCGCCGGAGCACCCGCUCCCGGCGGCCUACGACGACGCCCUCGCCGCGCUCAAGUGGACGCUCUCCGCGGCCGACCCGUGGGUCGCCGCGCACGGCGACCUCGACCGCGUCUUCUUGGCCGGGGACAGCGCCGGCGCCAACAUCUGCCACUACCUGGCCGUCCACCCCGACGUCGUCGACGCCCGGACACCGCAAGAUGACGGCAAGGGCGGCGGCGCGCUGGCGCGGCGGAGGCUCAAGGGCGCCGUGCUGAUCCACCCCUGGUUCUGGGGCUCGGAGGCGGUGGGCGGGGAGCCGCGGCACCCCGCGGCGCGCGCCAUGGGGGCUCGGCUCUGGCUGUUCGCGUGCCCCGGCGCGGACGGCAUGGACGACCCGCGGAUGAACCCGUUGGCGCCCGGCGCGCCGGGGCUGGGUACCAUGGCGGGCGAGCGGGUCAUGGUGUGCGCCGCGGAGCACGACUUCCUGAGGUGGCGCAGCCGAGCGUACGCAGAGGCGGUGGCCGCGGCGAGGGGCGCGGAGGGGGAGGGAUCGGUGGAGCUGCUGGAGACGGAGGGCGAGGGGCACGUGUUCUAUGUAUACAAACCCGACGGCGACAAGGCCAAGGCCAUGCUCGACAGGAUCGUCUCCUUCGUCAAUGCUCCGUGAUGCAGUUGUGGGUUCGUACCUUUUGUCCUUCGCUUUGGCGCCAUUGUAGGAUAGUACAUAUGAAAUGGGUACCAAAGUGGUGAAGAAUUUGGGAUAAAUAAAUGUACGGAUGAUCCUCAUACAUAGCAAUAGUAGCAUGGGAAAUGCACAACCACACAGUGGCGGAGCGUGAGCCAAAACCAAGGGGGUGCCAGUUCAGACUUCAGACUUGAUACCUAUAGAGGUGUUCAUCUAGAAAGGUUUGAACAAGUGCUGCUGCUUGUAGAUAAAUGGAGCAGGGGGGAGCUUAUGUCGCAUGUAUGCAUACAACCAUGCAGAUGCGGCUUGGCAAGCAAGCAUGCAGAAGCAAAUCUUGAGAAAAUUUCAUGGGGCAAGGGGGGGCCGGAGCCCAGUUUGGCCUCCACUAGGCUCCGCCCCUGCAACCACACUCACAUGUGCAUAUAUGAGGUACGGUAAUAAUUUGCAGAAAUAUUAGAUGAAUUUUAUCACCUUCUAUUGUCAAAUUUUCUCGCAAAACAGAGUAUUAGGAUGAUUUAUAUUAGUUUUGCAAAUAUCCUAGAUUUCACACGAAA